AUGUCCAACAAGCCGAUACAUUUCGAAAGUUUCUUCUAUAAAGCCAAUAUUUUCUUCAACUGCAUUGGGGUGAAUGCCUACGAUAAAGUCAGCAAUGAGCCACGAAGAGGAAAACUUGCACUGGUACGACGCCACUUGCAACGCAUUAUUUUCACCGUUACAAUCGUCAAUCUGAAUUUAACAUUGCUGAGCGUCUUGAUUCAAAUAUUUUUGGAUAUCGUAAAUAACAACAACUUUGUUGAGGCAACUACGCUGGGUUCAAUAGGAAACGCGCUCAUUAUCAGCGAAUUGAAAAUCUUCAGCAUAUGGUGGCAACGUUCACGGAUUAGCUCGCUCAUGCAAGAGCUCUACGCGCUCUAUCCACAAACAUUGGGAGGCCAGAUGCUCUACCAAGUAAAAGCCGAACUGAAAAAUUGGAAUCGUUUAGGCAAUGCUUAUAUUAUUCUAAAUGUAUUGUUAGUCUGGAGCUAUACUCUCUGGCCGCUAAUCAGCUAUCUUAUUUUUGAAUAUUGGCUGGAGUUGCGGAAAGUAGGUAAAAUGCUUAGCUUUAACUGCUGGACACCAUUUGUUUGGUGCGAUAAUUGGCUUUACUAUCCGAUGUAUUUGUCACAACUCACCGUUGCGCACGCUUGUAUUUCGACACAGUUGGCCAAUGAUUUGCUCUUCAGUGCAGUGGCUGUGCAACUUAUCAUGCACUACCGCCAGCUGGCCAAACGGAUUGAGAGUUACGUGGUAGCUGAGAGCGGCGGAAAUGAAAUGAAAAAGCAGCGACUGAGCGACCUUGAGCGCAGUGAGAUCGAUUUGCGGUUUCUGCACGGCAUUAUAGCCUAUCAUCAGAAAAUUUUGACGCUCUCAAAGGCAAUGAAUAAAGCCUUCGGAAUUUGUAUGCUUCUCACUUUCGCAAUGACAUCGGUGAACACCUGCAUUGAGCUAUUCCAAAUCACCGCUAAAGUCACCAUCGAUAUGGUGGUGUUGGGCACUUUAUUUCUUCUAAGUUCGCUGGUGGACCUCUUCUUUAUCUGUUACUAUGCACAGGGACUGCUAGAGUCGAGUGAGUAUAUUAGCAAUGCUAUUUACAAUCACAAUUGGUACGAUGCUGAUAUGCGUUACAAAAGACUGGCACUGUUAAUGAUGCAACGCGCUCAAAAGCCGGCAGAAUUUAAGGCUACUCUUUUCGUCACAGUCUCAAUGCCUACAAUAACUAAUCUUCUUCAAAUGUCCUAUCAGGGAUUCGCUAUUGUUCGCACUGCGUACGCAAGACAACCUGGGACGGCUUAG